AUGCACGGACGACGGCGAACACUCCUCUCCGGGCUGUCGCUCCUUCGACAACAAAGGAGGAAGCGUUUUCCCGUCCUCGAGUGUUAUUCUUGCCCGUCAGAUACUACUCGCGACAGAAACAGUGGUGGUGUUCGGUUCGUUUCGCGACGAUGGUGGUCGUCUUCGGGAACAUCAACACCAAACGCAGAAGCGGAAACCUGCGUGAGCUUUGCGGAGUUGAAAUCCAAAACGAAACACUUAUACAAUCAAAUCCCGAUCGAAAACGUCCGGAACUUUUCCAUCGUCGCACACAUAGACCACGGGAAAUCAACUCUGGCGGACAGAUUGAUGGAACUGUGCGUGGCAAUCGAGAGUAACAAGACGGGGAAGAGUGGUGGUGGUUCUGUGCCUCAACUGCUGGACAGACUCCCAGUGGAGAGGAAACGAGGGAUAACGGUGAAAGCGCAGAGCGUGGCUUUGUUGUAUCGACACUCGCGAGACAGAAUGGUCGGAAGGAAAGAAGGAAAAGAGAGCGGCGAGAACAUGUAUAAAGAUCCGUCGAAGUGGUACUUGUUGAAUUUAAUCGACACUCCCGGACACGCGGAUUUCAGCUUUGAAGUCUCUCGCUCGCUGAGCGCCUGUCAAGGAUGCGUGUUGUUGGUGGACGCCACGCAAGGGGUACAAGCGCAGACGGUGGCGACGUUUUAUCAAGCGUUCGAGAAAGAUUUGAAGAUUGUAGCGGCGUCGAACAAGAUCGAUUCGCCGUUGGCGGAUGUGGAAGGGAGCGAGAGGCAGAUGGAGAUGAUUUUUGGAAUUGAGAAAGCGUCGAGGAUUUCGGCGAAGAGCGGAGAGAACGUGGGGGAGAUUUUGGAUAGGAUUGUGGAUGAGAUUCCGCCGCCGCCAAUAGCAACGACGGCGGCGGAUUCCUCACCGGAUGAUGGUAAUUUUCUUCGAGCGUUGUUGAUUGAUUGCGAUUUCGAUAAAUAUCGCGGCGCGGUCAGCGUCGUCCAAGUCGUCGAUGGCGUUCUCAAAGUUGGCGACGCCAUCGAGUCGUUUGAGUCGGGGAGGAAAGCGGAAGUGUUGGAGCUUGGCGUGCACGCGCCGGAGAUGAUGUCGUUAAAAUCGCUUCAAAAAGGGAACGUCGGGUACGUAAUAACGUCCGACCGCGAUGUCAAGGCGCAAAGAGUUGGGGAUACGUUAUUCAACCGAAAAGAACGAAAACGAGAAGCGGUGACGCCUUUAGUUGGAUUCAAAAUGGCGAAACCGAUGGUGUUUCAAGGGAUCUUCCCGUCCUCGGCGGAUGAUUUUGAGAAAUUGCGCGAAUCUGUUUCACGAUUGACGUUAAACGACGCUUCCGUAGAGGUCUUUCCGGAAGUUUCUGCCGCGUUAGGUCCGGGAUUCCGAUGCGGAUUUUUAGGAUUGCUCCACGCGGAAGUAUUCACGGACCGAUUGCGAGAAGAGUUUGAUUCCGACGUCGUCGCCACGGCGCCGACGGUACCGUACAAACUGACCAAAAUGUUCAACAAAAGCAACGCGAAAGAACUUAUUCUCGCGGAUAGCGGUGACAACAACGAUGAGCUCGAUCCCGACGACCAAAAAAUCGAAGGCAUCAAAUCCGUCAACGUUAUCACAUCCCCUCUCAGUCUGGAAGCCAACGCCGGUUUACCUCGCGAUACGAGAAUCCAGGAACGUUUAGUGGAGGCAACCAUAAUUGUUCCCACUGAAUAUACGGGCAAAAUACUCGAAUUAUGCAACGAACGAAGAGGCGAAGCCUUGGAACACUCGCAAAUCGACAGUCUCCGCGCGAUGCUCCGUUACAAACUCCCCUUGGGCGAAGUCGCCUCUGACUUCGCCGACGAACUCAAAUCUCGAACCAGCGGCUACGCAACCUUCGAUUACGAACUCGCCGGCUGGCAAUUCGCCGAUAUCUGCCGUCUCGACGUCCUGGUCAACGGCGAAGUCGUCGACGCCAUGGCCACCCUCUGCCACCGCUCCAAAGCCGUCGACAUUGGCAAAAAAAUGGUCAAAAAAGUCAAAGAAGCCUUACCGAGACAGAUGUUCGAAGUCGCCGUGCAAGCCUCGCUCUCGGGUAAAAUCAUCGCUCGAGAAACCGUCUCCGCGAUGCGCAAAAAUGUUCUCGCCAAGUGCUACGGCGGAGACGUCUCGCGCAAGAAAAAACUGUUGCAAAAACAAAAAGACGGCAAGAAGAGAAUGCGCAGGAUGGGCAACGUCGACAUCCCGGCGGACGCUUUCGCCGGCUUGUUGAGCGCGAAGUAG